UUGAAAGUGAAUUUUAAGAAAACUGUGAUUUGUGAAUUCAUUGAAAUUAUUUUUAAGAAGGUGAUUUGUUAAAUAUUUAUCACAUUGUUGCGCAUCUGAAGUGUAAUAUUUAAUCAGAAAGAUGCAAAAGAUCACAAGAGCAAGUUUGAGUUGCAGAGCUAUUGUUGGAUUGCAGAAGAGAUGUUUGGCACACUUGCAGCCUUCCUUGAAACCACAGCCUAAUUUGAAUGGUCUGCACGAUCAAGAUGAUCCCAGCAAAUGGAUCAAUAUGGAUAUUAUCAAUCCAAAUAUUAAAAAAAUGGAAUAUUUUAUUAGAGAUCCAUUGGUUCUUCGAGCAAAUGAAAUUAUCAGUGAACUAGAACAGGGUGUUAAGAAACCAUUCACAGAAGUUAUUAAAGCACAUAUGGGUGAUUGCCAUGCUAUGGGACAGAGACCAAUCACAUUUAUAAGACAGGUAUUGGCUUUAGUGGCUUAUCCCGCUCUAAUGGACAUACCAGGAAUUCCAGAUGAUGUCAAGGAAAGGGCUGACACAAUUUUAAAAGGUUGCAAGGGAUAUUCAGUCGGUUCUUAUUCUGAACCUACAGGACUAGCCGUCAUACGACAACAUAUUGCUGAUUACAUUGAAAGAAGAGACGGAGGUGUACCAUCUAGCCCCGAUGACAUAAUGUUAACCAGCGGAGCUACUACAGCAAUCACAGAUCUGAUGAAUUUAUUAUCAUGUAUCGUGGAUAACAAAAAACCAGGUGUUAUGGUACCUAUUCCACAAUUUUCUUUAUACUCCGCCAACAUAACCAAAUUUAAUAUGGGACAAGUUGGGUAUUACCUUAAUGAGAGCAAAGACUGGGCACUGGACAUGGAUGAUCUAAAUAGAGCUGCUCGGGAAGCUAAACAAAAUGAUAUUAUUCCACGUGUUCUUGUGGUCAUGAAUCCUGGAAAUCCGACUGGCCAAGUAUUACACAGAGACAAUAUAGAAGACAUAAUCAGAUUCGCUUACCAAGAGAAAUUGCUCAUUUUCGCGGAUGAAGUAUACCAGGAUAAUGUUUACGUUGAGGGCUGUAAAUUCCACUCCUUUAAAAAGGUUUUACGAGAAAUGGGACCUCCCUUCGACCAAAUGCCUCUCAUAUCUUUUAUGUCAACUUCUAAAGGGUGGCACGGUGAAUGUGGGUUGCGUGGUGGGUAUAUGGAGAUGAUAAACUUUGAUCCAGACGUCAAAGGUACUUUCUUAAAAGAUAUGGCAACCGCUCUCUGUGCUUCUGUUCUUGGACAAGCAGCCAUGGAUGCCAUCAUCAAUCCUCCCAGGCCAGGAGAACCAUCAUAUGAAUUAUUUAUGAAAGAAAAACAGGAAGUCCUCGAUUCAUUGGCAGUCCGCGCCAAACUCGUGGCGGACGCCUUUAACAGCUUUGAAGGAUUUUCCUGCAAUGUUGUCCAAGGGGCCAUGUAUGCUUUUCCAACUAUAAAAAUUCCACCAAAAGCGAUUGAAGCAGCUAAAAAGGCCGGACAGGCUCCUGAUGUUUUCUACGCAUUCGAACUUUUAGAAAAGACUGGAAUUUUAAUUGUGCCCGGAACUAGCUUUGGACAAAAGCCAGGAACUUACCACAUGCGAACUACAAUUUUGCCACAGACUGAUAAAUUGAAAGAGAUGAUGAACAAAUUUGCAAAUUUCCACAAAGAUUUUGUGGCACAAUACAGGUAA